GCCGAAAUCUUUGCCAUCUCCGCUAAGUAAGAAACUUUAAGAAACCAUUCUUGCAAAGUAGGCAAAGAUUCCUUCUUCCAACAUUGCCCUACUGUGCCAUAUUUUUUUAAUGCUUUGGCAACCUUAUCUAUUUCAGAAAAUCAAAUAUCAUUCCACCUUAAGAAUUACCCCUGCCUUUUGUCCCCCCUCAGCCAUGCAAUAAUCAGGCUACUAUUGGAUAUUUAAAUAUGGUUUAUGAUUUUUGUCUUGGAGGUAGGAACGGUGCGUCUGCCUCCAUUGCUUAGUUACUAGAGGUGUUCAAAUAGAGCAGGCACACAAAGGGGUGGAAAGGGAAACAAAAGACAAACUCUUGAGAUCUUGAAUUGCUUGAAAUCCAGAGCUCAGGUCUGAUUCCCGUGGAUCAGUCCAUCGUCAUGGACUGGUUGGAAAAAAAAAAUCUCCUCAGCGAAAAAGCUCCCUCCUUGGGAAAGAUGAAGGCAGCUGCUGUGGGGCUCUCAGGCCAGGAUUCCCGGGAUCAGCUGAAGCUGCCGUGCGUUGUUUGGACCAAUCUUGUCUUCCAGGUUCCCCAGAGUAAGAUCCCAUCCAAAGUGACAACUAGAAAAACCAGGAAUCAAGAGAGAAGUUUGAUAGCGGCAUCCAAACAAGGUUUCAGGAAUGAAGAUGGCAUCACGAGAAAAAAGAACGGAGAAAGCAAAUUGCCACCCCUCUGGACAGGUUGCAGCCAAGAAGAUCCACCACUUUUGUCUUCCCCAAAGACCUGGGUCCCCUCAGAAAAGCAGCCCACCCGAAAAAUCUUAGUCGACCUUCGACCCCUCCUGGAGAACGUCAUGGAUCCUGUGGACUCUUGGGAAAAGAAACCGUUGGAGAAGCAGCCUCUGCAGGAGAGGUGUCCUUCCACCUCUGGUGAUCCCAGAGGUGAAGGUCUCUUGGAAGGAGGAGGUGAAGAUCGGGCUACCGAAACGCCUGCUGAUUUUUCCGAGGAUCGUGGGAUUCCCAGAGUUCAUCUCUUCUUGCCUCCUAUUGGAGCUUCCAAGCUUCGCAGAAAGAAGAUCAAGAUCUCCAAAAGAACCAUUUGGGUACUUCCGGAAGAAUCAACCCAGCUUCGGAAAAUCCCCUUGCCUGCCAUCCAGACUUUCCAACCACAGCUCCACAAGCCGCUUCUCUUCUCCAAGGGUAACCUCCAGAAGGAUGCUCCUCUGCAGGAAAAGAGACCAGCAGAACCAGGAGGAGGACCAGAAGAAGCUUCUUGGGGACUGCCCACUGCUUCCUCGCCAGAUUUCCAACUUCCCACACAACUGCUUUUGCAAAAGCUGCAGGAAACUACAACGAGUAGCAACCACCUGCUGAUUGCAAAAGUCCUGCGUUCCUUGCGGGAAGAACUGCUGAGGGGCAACGCAUACAAAUCAGAUCACAGGGAGAACCAGAACGACUUCCUGGAGCUUCCUCGGAUUCAGCCCUGGACAUAUGGGAAAGCAGACGUGGGGCAGAAGGCUUUUGAGGUCACUGAUAUGGAGACUGCCAAGAACAGGUUAAUUAGACUGAUUGGGAACUACAGCAGCGUUCUUCAAGGCACAGGUGUGUUACAGGUGCCCCCAGGUCCUUAAGCUGCUACCUUUCCAUUAGAAGAAUCCUGUUGGAUUAAAUGAAAGAGCAGUCCUCUCCGGAGCCCGGAUUCUUAGACAAACACCACCACCAGUUCCUGUUAUGACAAUUUUGCUUUGGAUGCAUUAAUCUCGAAGAAUCAGACUUAACCGUCAAGAGUGAAAACUUGGCAGCUACCAGCUACGUGCUUUAUUGUUUUCAUCUUGUCAUUAGAGUAAGGGGGGAGGAGAUCAGACUUCAAAUGGGUUAGUUAGAGAAACAAAACCUCCCCAGUUCUGCAGAUGUUUUGUUGAGACAAAGAUGUAUGGAAACUUUUCAAGGACGUUCUAAUCACUGUGGAGAAAAUACCAGAAGGUUCUCAAAACAACAAGGUGUUCACAUGAACUAUGUAGACAUCUGGGAGUUUUGGCUGGAAAUGUUAUAUGUUUUGGUUAGAUGUCUUGGGAUUUUAGAGUUAGUUUUCCUUCGCCUAUACCAGGGGUAGGGAACCUUGGCUCUUUUAUGACUCGUGAACUUCAACUCCCAGAAUUCAUGAGUCAACAUGGCUGGUUCAGGAAUUCUGGGCAUUGAAGUCCACAGGUCAUAAAAGGGCCAAGUUUGAAGACCCCUGUCUUGAAGAGUCAGGGCACAACAACCCAGGUGCUAGCCAUUUUGCAGGCAAUCGGUCCUCUCACACAUUUGAAGUGGGAUUUUAACUCAUUAAUUAAUUAAAUUAUCUUGGGUAAUAUAUUCACUUUUACAGUACUAUUGCGGUAUAAGUCCUCGCCAGGACAUUUUUCAGCUCUUCCAUCUUUCAAGGUCUUGUUUUAUUUCUUCCCAUGUUUUUUUACAAUUAUUUUGGAAACUGUCUUAAUCACAUCACAUCCAAUAAAGCCCUAAACAUUUCAUUGGGGUUAGAAUUCCUGAGUCAACAUGCUGGUUCAGGAAUUCUGGGCAUUGAAGUGGCAAGUCAUAAAAGAGCCAAUGUUCCUUACCCCUGGCCUAUACCAUGCCAUAUAUUCAAUAAACCAGUAAGUUUUUCAGAGAUGAAAGUGAUUUCUGGACUUUAUUUGGAUACUCGAGCUGAAGGUUGACAUCUAAAUUUCAUAGAAUGCUGUGGGGAGGGUAUGUGUGUGUGUGUAUGUUCCCAAUUAUAGGUAGUCCUCGACUUAUGACCACAACUGAGCCCCAAAUUUAUGUUGCUAAGUGAGAUAGUUGCUAAGUGAGUUUUGCCCCAUUUUAUGACCUUUCUUGCCACAGUUGUUAAGUCAAUAACUUCAGUCAUUAAGUUAGUGCCAGGUGUUAAGUGAACCCGGUUUCCGCACUGACUUUGCAUGUCAGAAGGUCGCAAAAAGAUGAUCAGGUGACCCUGGGACACUGUCACCAUCAUAAAGAUGAGCCACUUGCCAAGCAUCUGAA